AGGGUCAGAGUGUGAAAAAUGGCGUCCAUCUCCGCCAAAACCACAGCUUCUUCCUUCAUCCAUGCAUCUCUCCGUCUCAACCCCUCUCUAGGGGUUUCCUCCGCUCCAGUUCUCGGGCUGCCGUCGAUGGCGAAGAGAGGGAGAGUGGUGAAGUGCUCGGCGGAAGGAAACGGAAAAAACGGCAGCGGGUGGGAGAAGAAGGGGAUGAUGAGCGCUUCGAUGAUGGCGGCGGUGGCCGCAGCAGCUGCGUCGAGC